GGUUGCGUACGACAUUGCCGUACGUGCUGGUCGGUACGGCAUCGCUCUGGUGGCGACACAGCUUGCCAUGCGGCACCUGGGCACCUGCCAUCCGCCCCCUGCUGCUGCUGCUGCUGCUACUGGCCCUGCAGCAGAGACAGCGGCUGCUACCGCUGCUGUCGUCGAGAACCUGUACGCAGCAGUGAAGCUAGCUCAGAACAGCUUGCUCGCUCGGAUUGCCACUUCAGGAUGCGUCCUCUGGAGCAGUACCAACAGCAUUCCCAAGGGUGGCAACCGGCAGCGCCUGCGGCCUGACGGAAAGCAGCGACCAGCGACGACGGGUCAUGCUAGCAGCGGCGGUGGUGUUGCAUGCGGUGGUAAGGGUACCGGUGAGGGCGGUGUGAGGGCGGGAGGCGAUCCGGCCUUACCCCGUGAUGUGGCAGUUGCGGGUCUGCGGGACCUCAGGUGGCUGUGCGGGCGGCUGGAGGCGGCGGGAGCGGAGGCGGCGGCACGUCUACCAGAACAGGCGCAGGCCUCGCUCAUGUGGCUCCGAAACUUGGCGCUACGUCUAGCCCAUGACGCCCUGCGCGGCUGGUCGCGGCCUAGGGAUGUAGUAGACGGCGAGGGGCUUGAGCAUGACAUCGAACACGACGUCAACCACGACAGCAGCAACGGCGACCUCUGCACCAGCCUAGCAGACGAUGGGUGUCAGGAGGACGCCUCCACCCUGGUCGACACCUCGCACCAGGCGAUGCGGUCCGAGCCAGGGUUAUUCCGGUUCUUGCCUCAGCAGCAGCUGGGUUUCUUGUGGUCCGGUGGGGACUGGCGCCUGGGCGCUGCUGCGCUGAGCUGCGGUCGGCAGCUGGAGGCGGCGGUGGAGGCGGCGGCGCAGAAGCGCGGGCAGAGGCAGGCCGGGAACAAGCUAGGCUUGGGCGUGGAGACGAUUGCGUUGCAGCCUGUGCAGGUGGGCCUAGCCGCCGCCAUGCUACAGUCCUACGCUGCUGCUCCUACCGUUGCCGUUGCUGGUGGGUCUGCUGUCGCUGGCGUCGCUAGUGGUUCUGCUGGUGCUGGUAGCGGCACUGCCGCCGGUAGCGCCCCCCUCCGCGACCUCUCCCUAUUGCACUCCGCAUGCAAGCUGUUGGACGCAUGCCAGCUGCCGCCGCGGGGGGGAGAUCCCAAGGCACCGCCGGUACGACACGGAGGUACGGAAGCCACCACCCUGCGUACGGCAGUGCUCCAGCUGCGGUUCAUCGCGGCAACCUUCCUCAAGGACGAGCCGCGCCAGAAGACCGCGUUGCAGGCACUCAUCCAGGACCCCGCCGUCUCCGCGCCCCAGCUAGAGGCGCUCGCGGAGUUGUGUCUGGCGCCCGACUGCCCCUGGCGCUGCGCCCCGCUGGCGUGUGGGCUGCUGGGCUUCGCACUCAGGGCGGCGCUGACAGCGGCGGCACCCGCGGGUACGGCGGCAGCAGUGGCGGGUACGGCAGCAGCAGUGGCGGGUACGGCAGCACCGGCGGCAGUGAGAGGAGGAGGCGCCGGAAUUGGACUUGCAGCCAGGGUGAUCCGGCGGCUGUUCCUGUUGGGCAGUGCCGACGUGCGACUGCGUGUUUGCGAACGGGCAGCCGGCGUCGCAUCGCAGCUACGGCAGCAGCAACAACAAGGACAACAGCAGAGCCUCCAACAUCACUGCAACCGCAACCGCAGCGACCAGACCGCUCAAGGACAGCCAUCACCUGCCCUAGCCGAGGCUGCUGCUACGGCAACUGCAACCAGCGCUCCCCCGUCUUAUCCCUCCUCAGAGCUACACUAUCUGUGGGCAUCCUGCUUCAACUCUGCCAUCGCAGCCGGGAUCCGGAACGGCAGCGGAGGCGGAGGUGGGAGUAACGGGGGCGAGGUGGCGAGGCCGGCUGCGGCAGCGGCGGCUGCAGCCGCUCAGGCAGCAAGGGCGCAGCGCCUUCUGGACAUGGCGUGCAAGUUGGCAGCGGCUUCUUCCCGGGUCUGCGCUGGCGUGGGGCUGAAUCAUGAUGAAGUCCAUGGGGACGAGACUACCGGAGGUACCCUGCACCUCGCACAGCUAUUAACGAAGGCCUACCAGGACGUCGUGCGGGCUGCUGGACGCACUGCGCCCACCCAACCCAAGCUUCUUGCCGCGUCACCGAGGCCGUCACCCCCACCCCCACCUCCUGCAUCCAGACAACAACAACCACCGGCAGCAACUGCGGCUGCGGCUGUGGCCGCUGCUUCCUCAGCCCCAUUGCCAACGCCAGGAGCUGCUUCCGGAGGGGCAGCAGCGAACGCUCUGCCGCCUCCGCCCUCUCCACGCGCGUCUCCGCCGCCGCCGUCGCUGCCUCCGCUGCUUCCGCCUCCACUCCCACCGCCUGCCUCAAAAGAGGCACCCGCUGUCGGCGCCGCAGCGCCCGUACCGCCCAAGCAGCUCCGGCCGCCUCGGCCUCCCAAGCCUCAGCUCCCAGAGCCGCUUCCGAAGCCGCAACCAAGCCCCCACCGCCAACCGUCGCAACAGCCGCCCCCAUCGCAACUACCGCCGCCGUCAAAACAGCAGCAGCAACCAACAGUACCGCAGCAGCAGCAACCUACAAUAACGCAGCAGCAGCCGCAGCAGCCUCGACGACCCCAGAUCUUCAAGCGCUCGCUGGCGGCCCCGAAUCCCGCCGUAUCAUCAGCAUGCAACGCCAGCGGCCCAUGCAAUACCGGCAGCAGCACGGGGGCAGCAGCUGAUACCGCGGAUGCUGCUGAUACCUCCGGAGACAGCAGCAGCAACCUCGAUCGAAUGGUGCUGCACACAAAGGAAACCGAGCUAGGGCCUGAACCCGCCCAUCCGGACCGCCAACACACGGCACAAGCCAGCAGCAGCAGCGGGCAGCCCUGCAGCUCUGCGGGCACACAGCAGCAGCACCCCAAGGCUGCCGCCUCGCCGGCCCCGCGGCCAUGCAUUCAGCCGCCGCCCUUGGCGAUAGGGGAAUCGCAGCAGCUUCCGAAGCUUGGGGAAGACCAUAGCUCCGCUGGGCUGCAGCAUCAGGGCCCCGUUGUGGAGGAGAGCGCGAAAGAGGGGCCGCACAAGGAGGGCGUGGAAGCCGCCGGCGACGGAGACAUUGGCAACGGAAGCGCCAAGGACGGCAGCGGUGGGUCGGAGGCUGUUGCCGCAGCGGCUGCCGACAGUAGUUUGCAUGGGGAGGAUGCGGAGAUGGAGGAGUGCUACGGAGGGCAGCGAGACCCCGUGUUGGAUGGCAGUGUUGAGAGUGUGGAGGCGGCGCAGAGGGUGGAAGGUGAUGAUGAGAUGAUGGAAGGGACGGCCAAGGAGGAGCAGGGAGAGGAGGAGGUGGGGCAAGGGGAAGAGGAUGGCGAGGGGGAUGCUGAGGUGCGGGGCUGUGGUGAAGAGGAUGGUGAUGUCCCUCAGGAGCAGGAGGAGAGCACCGCCAUGCAAGAGGAUGAGGAUAAGUCGGGGCGCCCGGCGGAGGCGGAUGUACCGGUAGCGGCAACGCAGGCGGAACGACCAGCAGCGGAGGACUUCCCCGAGGCAGGAACGGAGACGGGGAAGUUAACAGUGGAGGCGGAGGCAGGGGCUGCGACAGCACCCCAGCAGCGCGCAGCGGCUGCAUCGGAGCCAACCGCGGUGUACGCGCAUGAGGGCGCUGCUGUGGCCGCGAAUGUGGCCAUCCUGGCGGCGGGUGACGCUGCCUUCGCAGCGGGCGGUGGGCAACGUGAGGACUGCACCCGCAGCAGCAGCCCAUCGCCUUCUUGCUACGCAGACUCGCAGCCCCUGGCGGAGCAGCCCAGCGACCCGUCAGGCCACGGUAGUCGGCCGGAGGAAGAGGAGGUGGUGGAGGAGAAGGAGGUGAAAGAGGAGGGCGGUGCGGAGGACCAGGCGGCGGUGUCGUCACCCCAGGAAGCGGACGGCUGUGCCCAUGCUGCAGAGGCACCAAGCAGCAAGCCGCCUUCAUUGCAGGGGGGCGGCCAGGUGCGGACAGGCCCAACCGCACUGGAGGCGGUGGACGGGCCGCCGCCGCAGGCGACGCUUUCACAUGCAGCGCAAGACUCCGGCGGCAGUGGUGACAUGGGGCCUGGGGCCGGUAUGCUAGGAGCCAGUAGAGAAGAGGUUGCUGUGAAGACGCCGACGUGUUGCAGGGAGGCGGAACAGCAGUCACCGAAGGGCGCUAAACGCCGCCGUCUGUCAGGCCCCGAGGACGAGGCAACCAAGUCAACGACACCUCCGGAUGGUGCACAUGGUGUAUGCGGGGCUACCGGCGGACGAGAGCCCCGGUCGGCAGGGCAGGAGUCCAUGGGGCCAUGCACCGCCAUGCGGGUGGUUGCGCCGAGCGCUGGGGAUGGCCCUGCUGCGGCUGCCGCAGCUGCUGAGGGAGCCCCGGCUGCGGUAGCCUCUCCUCCUCCCGCCUGCGAUGGCUCCGCCGCCACACCGCCGCAUGGCAGCAGCCAACCGUUCGACUCCUCAUUGCCGCCAGCACCGUCAAGCCAGCACACACAACCGCCUGAGCCGGAGCUUGCACUGCAGCUGCCGCAACAGCCAUUGCCAGCUAGAGGAGAGGAGCAGCUGGAUUACGAAGAAGCCGGCGGCAGCUCAGCCGCCAUGGCAUGCGGAAGGGAAGGCGCCCUGGGGGAUAAGGAUGGAGGCGUCGGUACGGCGCUGGAGGGGUUGGAUUCUUCCGUACUUCUUCAGUCCAAUCCACUCCACUUGAGCGUUUCGGCCGCAUCCCAGCAGAAGCCCACGGAAGAGAAACAGCAGGCUAAGCAGCAGCAGCUGCAGCUGCAGCAGGAAGCACGACAUGAGGCGGGUGGGCGGCAGCAGCAGCCAUUGCCUCUGCCGCCUCAGCAGCGGCAGGAGAGGAAGCGCAGGUUGGGAGCGGCGCUGGUUGGAGGUGUGCAUGUUGAUGAUUCGUCGCAGGAUGUGGUGUUAGAUGACGACGAUAUGAACCCUGCUGCUGACGAAAUCCUGACCAGGGCAGGGACCAUGACCGUGGCUGCUGUUGGUACUGCUGUGACCACUACUGCUGCGACAUCGAAGGCGCCAGUGGAAACGCUGCACGGGGCGACAUCAGGGGUUGCACCAGAGGUAGCGCUAAAGGCGGUGACGAUCGCGGCGUUGCCUCCGAGCGCAGCAGCGGCGGCGGCAGCAGCAGCGCCGGAAGCAUCAGCGGCACUAUCCACAACUCCAGAAGCAGCUGCUGUGGAUCCGUCAUUGAUGAUCGGCGGUAGCAGCCCCACGGACGUAAUCGCGAAGGCCUCAAGUGACGAUGGCGAUGAGCGGUGUGUUGUGGGCGGCAGCGAUGAUCGGCCUGGCAAACGCGCGCGAUCCACUCCGGGCCCACCCUCUUCUGCGUCCGCUGCCGAGCCCUCAGCCAAGGCUACCGCAUCGGAAGCAAUAGCGGGUGAGGUGGCGGUGACGGCGACGGUGAUCGUCAUGGGACAGGCAGCGGCUCAAAAGGCGCCGGAGGAGACAGAAACGGAAAGGGCGGCGGGAACGGCAACCGAGGCGAUGAAGACUGCUGCGGCCGCCGGGGGCAUUGCGAUGGCCAGCGAGGGCUUGCCUUUCAACAUCGGCACUAGCAGCGAGUACGCCGCUGUCAUCCUGCCCGGCAGUGAGUUCGCGGACGGAGUGGAUGCGCUCAUGUUGGAGGAGUGGUAGGCUGGUGGCGGUACGGCAGUGGUGGUAAGGCAGUACGGCAUUAAUAAUGGUAUAGCUGUUGGGCUGCUAGCUAUGUGUAACAGGUCGUAGUGCUUACUGCACUGGAAGGCAUAUGAAAGAGCGGGUUCGUAAUUCGUGAGCGUUUUGGGGGAUUGCAGAGUGUGAAAGGUACAUAGUAUUGCUGAGCGGUUAACGCUUGGCGUAUAUAUGUAUAGUACGGGUGCUAUAUAUCGUACCCGAAAGGAAGCAUGCAUGGUUAGUGUCAGCAGCUGCGUUUUGUCAAUAGCUAUCACCUGUACAAUGAGCAGCGUGCGUGUGCACGUAUUUGUACUUGCGGGCACAGUCGUGUUAGAAGCGGAUGGCAGAGGAUGCUGAGCGUUGUCAGUGUGAACACCGACCCAUGGGUCAGUAGGUUGAUGUCAACAGAAGUGGAGUAUGCAGGGUGUUUCGGAUAGCGUCAAUUACCUCUGGUGCAGAUACAGAGAGAUUUACUAUGUUUCGAAGCUUUCGAAGUCAACUGUGCGGUCAACUUUGCCGCCUCUGUCCUUAUGCUUGCUAGUUCGAAGUGUUAGCGAGAGUUCGUGACAGUGUGAAGAUAGGUAUUUAUUUGCGAAUAUAUGCUGGUGUGGCGUUAUCGUCGACCCUGCCUCGUGCCUCGUGCCGUGCAGUGCUUCGGAACCCGUCACGAACGAUCCGCAGUGCGGCAGAGGUUGCCAGGCAUGAAAUUAGCAAGCCUUUCUAUGGAAGGUAUUUGAAUAAUAACCAAUUGGGGUGCAUCGUGAAUGCCAGGUCGUUUGAUGCCCUUUAGGCAAAAUCCGUCAAACUACUGCUGUCGUGGUAUGCACACCGAAGCCGCUCUUUCUACUUGGUCAUUCAUGUUCCUUUUAUGAUUUACAAUAAACCCAUUUCCUAUGGAUUAUGUGGAAUUACAGGAAUUACUCUGCUGUCCAAGGUAACUGUCGUGUACGAUGUAUAAAGUGGUAGGGUCGA